CCGCAGGUCCUGCGCGCGGUCCACAGGCGCUUCUGCCGCGGCGCGCCCGCCAGCGGCGGCGGCGGUGGCGCCUUGGGCCCCGAGGAGGAGGGCGGCCCGGACGCGCUGGGGGAGCGGCUGCGGGCCGCGCUGCUGGACGAGGCGCCCACGCGCUGCGAGGCGGAGGACAUCCGCCUGAGCUUCGUGGUGCGGGUCUCGGCAAAGUAUUGGAUCGGCAAGGGCCUCGCCACGCCGCGGUUCCCGGCGGCGCCGGCGGGUGUCUCGGAGGGCCUGCGGGCGUGGAGGCGCCUCAGCGGCGCCCGCGCCCUCGUGCACUGCGGCCACACCAACCGCCACACCUCCCUGGGCCUGCGCCACAGCGGCGCCGAGCUCGACCAGGCUUGGCGCCAGCUGCGCGACACCUACCUGGACAUCUGGGCCGAGGCCGGCCUGAGCCGCUCCGCGGCCUCGGCCCGCCUGUCCGCCCUGGAGCGCAAGGCCGCGGUGCGGCGGCGCCUAGCAGGAGCCGCCGUUUCCCGCGUGCCGUCCCACGGCGGCAACGGCCUGCGCGGCCGCGGAAGCGCCAGCGGCGGCGCGGUGGACCUGAAGAUGUCGGGCCUACUGCGGCGCUGGGCGAGGCGCGAGGCGAGGGCCGGCGGCGAGCCGCCUGCGGCCGCCCCCCCCGCAGGCAAGCAAGAGCCCCCGGCGCGGCCAAGUCCACAGGGACCAGCGCACAGCGGACUGAGCGGCAGCAUGUGGUGACUGGGGGCUCCGUGCUUGAGCGCUCCGGUGCCAGCCACGGGAACAUGGGGAGGGCUCGG